GAUGCCCGACUCCUCCGCUCCAGCUCCGCUCUGGCCGCAGGGAGGCGGGUUUUUUGGGUUUAUCUCCGCCGAGCUGGGCUGUGUCUUCUUUUCUCCUUCACUGUGGAGGUCUGUGUUUUCUUCCAGACCCAGUUUGUUGGAUGUCUCGCUUGGAUUAAGCGUUUAAUUCGUGUUUUUCGUGCUGUUUUUACUACGGGACGCGUCUAAAGUGGAGGAUCUCGGAACGUCGAAAAUCUCAGUAUUUGGCUCACUGGUGGAAUGACGGAGUGCGGAGAGGAGCAGAAAAGCGGGUAAAAAACACCAAAAAACGCCGAAAUAAUGGAGAAAACGGAGCUCGAGAGCAGUUUCGAGGAGAAGCUGACCUUGGUCGAAAAAGAGUCCUCUCCCUGGCUGGAGAAGAAUGGGCCGGACUCAGAGCUCCUCAGAGCGGACGACACCACCAUCACCGACUCCUCCCUGAUCACUGACCCUCCCUCCAAAAUAGAAACGCCCAGUAAACUCGACACCACGCCCACCACGCCUGGAGGCAGCACCACCCCUCAGGCCAAGAAAGAUGGGGUCAAUUCAGAGCAGAGACAGAAGCUGGCUAAACAGCGGAGAGAGGAGAGAGCCAAAUACCUGGAUCAGAAAACCCAGGAGCAAGUGGUGAAGAAGGCUCAGUGGCUGGAGAAGGAGGAGAAGGCCCGGCGUCUGAGGGAGAGUCAGCUGGAGGAGCGCAGGAGGAGGCUGGAGGAGCAGCGGCUGAGGGCCGAGAAACGCCGGGCGCUCCUGGAGGAGAAGCAGAGACAGAAACUGGAGAAGAACAAGGAGAGAUACGAGUCUGCCAUCAAAAGAUCAACCAAAAAGACCUGGGCUGAGAUCAGACAGCAGAGAUGGUCGUGGGCCGGCGGACUGAAUCAGACGUCUCGCAGAGAGAGCAGAUGCUCAGCCUCCACGGUUAACCUGCCUCGGCAGACGGAGCCUGUCAUUAACAACAGGCUGUCCAAGUCAUCAGCGACUCUCUGGAACUCGCCCAACCGAAGCCGCAGUCUGCGUCUGAGUCCGUGGGAGAGUCGGAUCGUUGAGAGGCUGAUGACCCCCACACUCUCUUUCCUGGCCAGAAGCCGCAGCGCUGCCACACUGCUGAACAGCAGCGACUCCCAUCAGUGUUCCCGUUCUGCGUCGGCGUCACCGCUGACCACCUGCUCCCACCACCAUCACCCCCACCAGCACAGCACUGACCGCUGGACCGCCAGCACCCCCGACAUCACACAGCGCCAGCGCCGGCGCAACUCCACACCGGCUGAGAAGAAGAAGAAGAAGGAGAAGAAGGAUAAAGAGAGAGAGAACGAGAAAGAGAAGAACGCUCUAUCAAAAGAAAAAGUGCAGAAGAAGAGACAGUCACAGUCCAUUACUAGAACCAAACCAGAACCCAGCACUAACGUUAAACCCAAGAGCAGAGUGUCCUCCCCCGCACCCCCCCGCAGCCGCCCCCUCUCCCCCAACCCUGCGGCAUCAGCCAAACCCACCCCCUCCUCAGGCCGAACCCCUCCCGGCACCAAGACCCGGCCCAAACGGGCCCAGACCCCCGCCCGGGUGCAGGCCCCCGCCGUCAGCGCCGUCGCCGUUGAGACCAAGAAAGAGGCCAAUCAGAACCCACUGCCUAAAGAGACCAAGGCUGCUCCAAGUGUUCCUGCCAUCACUGUCUCCGCCUCCCCGGCCACACCCCCUGCUGCCACCCAGCCAAUCACACCUGCCCCUCAGACUCCUGAGCCUGCCCCAGCCGUGACCACGCCCACUCCUCCUGCAGAGGCCACUCCCACCGGAGCCAAGCCCAUGGCCGGCACCAACAACCCGGAGGAGGCGAGCCGGGCGCUGGCGGAGAAACGGCGUCAGGCCCGCGAGCAGCGAGAGAGGGAGGAGCAGGAGAGACUGGAGCAGGAGCAGAGGAACAGGGCUCUGCGGGAGGAGAACGCUCGGCGGGAGGAGGAGGAGAGGAGGCGCAGGGAGGAGGAGGCGAGGUUGAUGGCGGAGCGACAGCGUCUGCAGGAGGAGAAGGAGGCGCAGGAGAGAGCUCAGGCUGAGCAGGAGGAGAACCUGCGUCUGCAGAAACAGAGAGAGGAGGCGGAGUCAAAGGCCAGAGAGGAGGCGGAGCGACAGAGGCUGGAGAGAGAGAAGCACUUCCAGAAAGAAGAGCAGGAACGCCUGGAGAGGAAGAAGCGUCUGGAGGAGAUCAUGAAGAGGACGCGCAAGAGUGACACUGGAGAGAAGAAAGACAGCCGGUCUCCAGCUCAGGUUAACGGCAGAGAGACAGACAGAAAUUCUGCCUCUUCAACAAAUCCACCUGUGACCCACAAUAACCAAUCCCAGGGAGUCACAGGGUCUGUGGGUUGGGGAUCUGCUCCAGUGGUGAACGGAGUCCAGCCCAGCAAACACCACAACGGCGUCUCCUCCAAUGGCGAGGCUGCAGACUUCGAGGAGCCCCAGACUGACCCAAUCAUGGCCUUUGAGGGAGGGGAGCCCUACCUGAUGAAGGCGGGGCCUAUGAAGCCCCAGCAUGUUGCAGAAGUCCUGUGAUUGGUCCGUCUCUUCGAGUGACAAGCCUGACCCCGCCCAGCGCAGCAAAGCGAGGAUCCACCAGCGAACGUGUGCCAAACCGUCCAGAGCGACGGCCCAAACCUCCAGAAACUGUCUGGUGAAACCGAAGCCUCUCUGCCGUCUCCGAGACUUCGCUCAGAGACGAGGACUCUCAUCCUAUUUACCUGCUAUAUACGAAAAAAAAAAAAACGAGUUUAAAAAAAAACAUCAAAAAAAAAGAAAGGAAUCCUGUUUUCUGUCUUUUUCUCACGCCGUGUUCCGGUGCAGCAGUGUUGAGUUUUAUGGAAUCGUCACCCAGCGAUUUUGUGGUGCACCUUAAAAGACUGUCAGACUGAAUUUUAGAGAGGAACUCUGAAAAAUAUACAAUAUUUGGCUAUUGUUAUGAUAAAUAAUUAUUGUUAUUGUUGUUGUUCUUAUGAUAUAUCGCUGUUGUUCUUUUAAGUUCAGAGAAGACGUGUGCGUUUGUGUCUUGAAUUCUUGAGUUAUUUAACGUCAGACGCGUUAGCAGAGCAGGGAGAUGGGUAUGUAAAUGUAUAUUUGCCUGACCUGUGGAAUAAAUCUUUAUGAAAGGGAA